CGGCGGCGGCGGCCCGACCCCGGCCCAGCCUCGUCCCGCCCGCCCGCCCGCCUGGCCCCGUUCCCGGCCCCCACUCGCCCGCCCGGCGCGCCGUGGCCCCGCCCCGGCACCUCCCGAGGGAGCGGCGCCGCCGGCCGAGCGCAGGCCCGGCCAUGACCGACUUCAAAUUGGGCAUCGUGCGGCUCGGCCGGGUGGCCGGAAAGGAGCCGGCCGGCCGUGCAGCUGAACCAGCCACGGACCUUACCCUGGAUGGGAACCCUGUUCCCAUCACCAGCGGCCGAAGCUUCUGGUGGGAGAGAGGAGCAGAGGCAGUCAGAUGAAGACCAAGUAUACACUGAUAGACGAGCAAGACAUCCCGCUGGUGGAGGGCUACUCGUUUGAGGCCCGGAUGGAAGUAGACGCAGAUGGAAAUGGUGCUAAGAUAUUUGCAUACGCCUUUGACAAAAACCGAGGAAGGGGAUCAGGAAGGCUCCUUCAUGAGCUGCUGUGGGAGCGGCACAGGGGAGGCAUUGCCCCUGGGUUUCAGGUGGUGCAUCUCAACGCAGUCACUGUGGACAAUCGCCUGGACAACCUGCAGCUGGUGCCCUGGGGCUGGCGGCCCAGAGCCGAGGAGACCUCCAGCAAGCAGAGGGAGCAAAGCUUAUACUGGCUGGCCAUUCAGCAGCUGCCCACCGACCCCAUAGAGGAGCAGUUCCCGGUCCUGAACGUGACGCGGUACUACAACGCCAACGGGGACGUAGUGGAGGAGGAGGAGACGUCCUGCACCUACUACGAGUGCCACUACCCUCCCUGCACGAUGAUCGAGAAGCAGCUCCGGGAGUUCAACAUCUGCGGACGCUGCCAGGUGGCGCGCUACUGUGGCUCUCAGUGCCAGCAGAAGGACUGGCCGGCCCACAAGAAGCACUGCCGCGAGAAGCGGCGCCCCUUCCCGCACGAGCUGGAGCCCGAGCGAUGACGCGGCGGCCGCGCGGUUCCCGGCUCCCCGGCGGCGGCGGGCGGCCCGGGGUCGCCUGCACUGGCUCCUGCCCCCGCCCGGCAGCCAGAGGCUCCCCCGGAGCAGAGACAGCUGGGAGGGCCUGCCGGACGCUUCUCAUUAUUUAUAUGUUAAUAUGUUUGUAAACUCAUGUACAGUUUUUUGGGGGGGAGGUGACGGGAGGGUUCAGAAGUACAAAUCGGGUCGUUUGCUGUAACGCUCACUGGGCGGCCAGGCUGAGGCGGGCGGGGGGCAGCAGGCACAGUAAAGUGGGGCCGCCCACA